AUGGCUCUAGAGAUCUGUGUCAAAGCUGCUGCCGGUGCCCCUAAUAUUCUGGGAGACUGCCCAUUUUGCCAGCGAGCUCUCUUGACUCUGGAAGAGAAGAAGAUUCCAUACAAGUCUCAUCUUAUCAAUCUUAGCGACAAACCUCAGUGGUUUUUGGAGAUAAGCCCGGAAGGAAAGGUUCCAGUGCUGAAAAUUGACGACAAAUGGAUCGCAGACUCUGAUGUGAUUGUUGGGAUCUUAGAGGAGAAAUACCCUGAACCCCCUCUUGCCACUCCUCCGGACUUUGCCUCUGUGGGUUCGAAGAUAUUCUCAUCUUUCGUCCAGUUCUUGAAGAGCAAGGAUCCCAAUGAUGGAACCGAGCAGGCUUUGCUUGAGGAAUUGAAGGCAUUGGAUGAUCAUCUUAAGGCACAUGGUCCAUUCAUUGCUGGAGAAAAGAUCACUGCUGUAGAUUUUAGCUUGGCUCCAAAGCUUUACCAUCUCAAGGUUGCUCUUGGCCAUUUCAAGAACUGGACUAUCCCUGACAAUUUGACACAUGUACUCAACUACAUAGAGUUGCUGUUCUCGCGUGAAUCUUUCAAGAAGACCAAGGCUGCUAAGGAACAUGUUAUUGCUGGAUGGGCGCCAAAGGUCAAUGCAUGA